AUGACAUCGUUGACAGUAUAUUUCAAUGAAUUGCUCCAAAGUCGAGGAGUCAAGGACACCAUCCUCAUUAAUGACGACGCUACCGUUCUCAAGUCUCGGUCAUACCCUUAUCUCUUCCCAAAGGACAAAAUAACGCCAAAAGAAGAACCAUGCAAAUUUUCACAUUCUAUCGCAGUGUCAAGUUCUCAAGCCCCAUGUUGCCCACGAAGGAAAAUAAGCGUGGACGACUUUUCUGAAUAUUCUUACAGGUCUUCAGAGACAAAAUUCCGAAUGACCAUAGAUGAUGAUUCAUCCGAAGAAGCCGGAGGAGGCAUCGACAAGAUGUUGGCGGACAUGAUGAAACGGCGAAGCGAACAGCGGAAAGCACAAAGAAUCAGCGAGAGUGUUCCAGAAAAGAAAACAGAAAUAUUCAGACUUCAGUCAGCUGAUGCUGAUACGGUGCGUGAAGUUGUCUCGGCCGUCUCAAGUCCUCUUCAACACAAGGAUGAUAAAAACCUGCUGAGGACACUCCGACAGAAGACUUCGAGUGGACAGGGAUAG